AUGAUGAUGAUGAUUGUGAUUGUGACGGUGAUGAUUGUGAUUAUGAUAGUGAUGACUGUGAUUAUGAUAGUGAUGAUGUUGAUUUUGAUGGUGAUCUUUGUGAUUUUGAUCGUUAUCAUCAUUAUAAUGAUUAUGACGGUGAAGAUUGUGACUAUGAUAGUGAUGAUUGUGAUUAUGAUAGUGAUGAUUGUGAUUUUGAUCGUGAUCUUCAUUUUAAUGAUUAUGACGGUGAUGAUUGUGAUUAUGACGGUGAUGAUUGUGAUUGUGAUAGUGAUGAUUGUGAUUAUGAUGGUGAUGAUUGUGAUUUUGAUGGUCAUCAUUGUGAUUUUGAUGGUGAUGAUUGUGGAAAUGAAUAUGGUGAGGCUAGAUUUGAGGUUUGAUAUCCUUGUUCAAUGA